UGGCCAAGUAAUUUACCUAAUCUCAAUACUAUUAAGCCUAUAUGGUUUUAUAUAAAGAAAGAAACUAUAAAGCGGGAACUUACAGGUAAUAGAAAGAAGCUAAGAGAGUGGAUUAAGGCAAUUCCUUAUUACAUAAAAGAGGUAAUUAGAUUAAAGGAAGGGAACGAGUAUAAGGAAGAGCAAAAGAAGGGCCAAGAGAAAGAAGCAGUAUAUAACUAA